AUGCCUCGCCCAGGUGUCGGGGUAUUCGGCAGAAACGCCGCGCCUACCCUCGAGAUCAAGCCUGAGUCGCCUUUCGUUGUCUUCUAUGGAGAGUCUUCCGAGUCGCAUGAGACGGAGUUGAGGGGAAAGCUGGUUCUGAACAACCCAGAGUCCAUAUGGCAUUUGACCAACACCGUAAGCCCGCAGCCUAUCACGCAAAAGACCAACUUCCUCGUCGAAGAACUCCAUCUAUUUCCCGUCGACAUCGGCAGCAAGACCAAAGCGCACAAACUCAAUGCUGGAUACCAUGAGUGGGAUUUCAAGUUCAAGAUGCCUGCCAACCUCGACCAGAGCGUUGAGGGUCUACCGACAAACUGGGUGGUUUACAGCCUAAAGGCCCACGUGGAUAGAGGGUACAUGAGCAAGCAGCUCAGUGCUACGGCGCACAUCCGUGUCAUACGCACGCUCGGACGCGACAUGCUCGAAUCCAUGCCCAUGGAGCAAAUCAACGAGGAUAUCUGGGCCAACAAAUUGGCAUACAAGAUUACUGUUCCACAGAAGAACUACAUUGUCGGAACGUCCAUAACGGCUGAUUUCGUGUUGAUUCCCCUGCGUAAGGGUGUGGAGAUCUCAACAAUCAAGAUGGAGCUGAUAGAGUCACGGCAAUUAUUCGCCGACUACGCUGGUCGCCGGAUAAGUCACCAGAACGACAUGCAAGUUGCGGUGACCGAAGGCGAUAUGCCAGAGAACUCGGCGCGCAGGGUCCCAGACGGAACAGAAGACACAGAUGCGCUAUUUGACGAAUCGCAUCGCUUCUCCAUGACUCUCGAUUUGCCAAAAUCGCUCAAGAACUGCCGGCAAUCAGUGGAUACCGAGAACAUACGGCUAACGCACAAGCUGCGGUUAUACGUGAACCUCAAGAACCCAGAAGGUCACACUAGUCAACUGCUGGUCAAGAACCAUGUGCACCUCUUCAUUUCCCCGAACCUACCUCCGAACGAAGACCAGAGUGUGAUAGUUGACCAGGCUCUCUUGAACCAGCAAGCGAUACAGGACGAGGUCAACCAGAAUGCGCCUCCUACGUAUGGCCUGCAUCAACUGGAUUCUCUCUACAACGACAUUGAUCCAUCCGGCUUCAUGACCCCUGGCGGGAUGCACAGCAUGAUGAACAGUGGCGCCAACACACCCUUUUAUGCGCAAAGUCGCCGCGGCUCAUCUGAGAAUCUCACAUCUCUGGAUGCAGCCCUCCACCAACCCGGUGGCGGCGCAUCAGCAGCAGCUCUGCAACAUCGCCUCGCAAACCUUAGCAUGGAUCACAGCGACCGUCCCAAUCGCUUCCAGCCUACUCGUCAACACUCGUCUGGUGAUAGUACACCAGCACACGACAGCGAGCAGGCUUACUUCGACCUCCCGCCAUCCAACUACGAUAUGGACGCUCUGGCCCGCACUCCUAGUUACAACACGGCUGUUCGUACGCCUGCUGGUUCCAGGACCCCUGGCGGCAUGGACAUGGAUUUGCCGAGCUAUGAGAUUGCUACCUCAAGGCCUAGCUCUCCGUCCAGGAGUCGUGGUAGUAGAGGUACGACGCCUAGUCCGGCAAGAAGUCUGGAUACGCUGAAUGAGGAGACAUAUCGCAAUACACAGAUGAACAGCAGGAGGCAGAGUCCUAGGGAUGGGAGCCCCAGGACUAGCGAUGAUGGAAGGUAA